ACCCAAUUGACAUCCUUUGUGCAAUUUUCGGCAAAUUUUCUUGCACGAUGGCAGCUUCCACUCUGUCCGUUCGCAGCUCGAUCUGCCGUGCGCAGCGUGUCGCGCCUGUCGCGAAGGCAGCGGGGCCACGCGCGCCCUUUCUGGGUCGCCCUCAGCGCCUGCCUGUGCGUCAGGCGGAGAGGAGUGUGCCCAGCACCGUUGUCCGAGCUGAGACAAACAAAACAGAUGUGGAUGUGGACGCCAUUGUGAAGGAUCUGCAGGACAAGUGGGACGGUGUGGAGAACAAGAGCACAGUUGCCAUCUACGCUGGUGGCGCUGUCGUCCUCCUUUGGCUGUCUUCCACCAUUGUCUCAGCAGUCAACGGUGUCCCUCUGUUGCCCAAGCUCUUGGAGCUGGUCGGCCUUGGCUACACCGCCUGGUUCGUCUACCGCUACCUGCUCUUCAAGUCAAGCCGUGAGGAGCUCUUGGAGGACAUUGAGGAGCUGAAGAAGAAGGUCACUGGCACCUUGGACUGAGGUCUCACCGCAACGUGGAGGGAGCAGGCAUGUAAGAGGGAAGCAAAUAAGCAGACCGGACAUGCCAUAUCAUUGAAGGAUAGUGACGACGUUAUCAGUAUGCGGCGGGUCUGUCUGGACUCUAUGAGCGUGGGGAAUGCCGGCCCCAGUACUGUUUGAGCAUGAGUGUUUUAUGUUUUCGUCUUGUGAACGUCGCAUUUUUGACUGCAGCCACAUUUACAUCUGACAUUUGGGAGAGGGCAUGCUUGUCCAGUCGACAGCACAAAAGUCUAUGCUGCGAACAGAUUCACUUGUUGAUAUCAUUGUGACGAGAUAGAUGACGAUCCACGAAGCUGGUGUAACUGGUGACUGUAGAG